GUGAAUCGAUAACUUGCGGCGCUCCCGUUGUCUCGCUGUGUAGCGCCCGGGAACCUGUUUGGGGAAAUCCUGCGGACGUAGAACGGAUACCGGGGGACAGCGGCAGUCAGCAGGAUGUCGGUCAUUCCUCCCAACCGCUCUCAGACUGGCUGGCCCAGAGGAGUCAAUCAGUUCGGGAACAAGUACCUUCCGCAAACCAAGCCCCUGACCCUGGAGAGGACCAUAAACCUGUAUCCUCUGACCAACUACACGUUUGGUACCAAGGAGCCCCUGUAUGAGAAGGACAGCUCGGUGGCAGCACGCUUUCAGCGGAUGCGGGAAGAGUUUGAUAAGAUUGGCAUGAGGCACACCGUGGAGGGCGUCCUGAUCGUUCAUGAACACAGAUUGCCUCAUGUGCUGUUGCUGCAGCUUGGAACCACGUUUUUCAAACUUCCUGGGGGAGAACUCAACCCUGGAGAAGAUGAAGUAGAAGGGUUAAAGCGUCUCAUGACCGAAAUCCUUGGCCGUCAGGACGGGGUGCAGCAGGACUGGGUGAUUGAUGACUGCAUUGGUAACUGGUGGAGGCCAAACUUUGAACCACCACAGUAUCCGUAUAUUCCUGCACAUAUUACAAAGCCAAAGGAACAUAAGAAGCUGUUCCUGGUGCAGCUCCAGGAAAAAGCAUUAUUUGCAGUUCCGAAAAAUUACAAACUUGUAGCUGCCCCUUUGUUUGAACUAUACGACAAUGCCCCUGGUUACGGACCCAUCAUUUCAAGCCUUCCGCAGCUACUUAGCAGGUUCAACUUUAUCUACAAUUGAUCAUGUAUGAUUCCGGGAUAACGACGUGUGGGUGAAGCGCUCUCUGUGAGAACGGCUUUAUAAUGUGGGAACCUUGGCAUAAUCCAUUUUCUCUGAAGUUUACCAGACUGGUUGCUGUCACAAUAGAUGAACUGUGCCGACAUACACAGCAGCAAAAUGUGCUAAUGCUUUUAUUUUUUAUUUUUUUCUCAUGUACCAUGUGGUUUUCUUAAUUAAAUGAUUUUUUUUCCUC